AGAGGGAGCCACACGCUUUGCUUUUGCGACGAUUCGUGACGUAGGGAACGUAGGGCGGAAGUGACGACUGAGGCGCGUAAAGUUUAAAUUUGCUUCAGUUGACGGCGAGGGUCUCGAGCGUGAACUUGACAUGGCUGAAAACACUUUCCCGGUGUACAAGGUGGAUGCCAUCGUGCAGUUCUACCGAACCGAGGUUUUGACUGGACAAGAGGCGAAGCAUUUUACCAAGAAUGAUAUCACUCCGAGCCCGAAGGCAGAAUCCAUUCAAAGGGUCUACAUGAGGGUUUUGCAGCUGCUUUUUCGUUUCAGACCUGAGUGCCAUUACACGGUGCCCUUGUCUGAAAACGUCCAGCACCCGAUGCUGUAUGAGUGGGUUUCACCAAUCAUGAGUGUUUACAUGCGCAUGUGCCAGUUCUUACCGCUUUGUCAUGUAUUUGAUUUUUCCCUGAAUGACUUGCUCAACCCCAAGAGCAAGAGAACAAUCGUUAUACUGAGUGCAAUCCAAAACUUCCUGCACUUCAGAAAGCAGAGGAUGGAAAUUACUGCUGACCACCAGCAAAGUUUUCGGUCUGAUAUGGACAGACUCCAGGCGUACACAAGAGAAAUAAAGGAAGCUGAGAAAAAGAUUGAGAAACUGACUACCAUACCGCCAGAGCAGCAAGCAGAGGCUAAAGAGCUGGCAGCCGUUCUGGCAGAGCUGAAUACGAACAUGCAGCAUGAGUAUCAGGAUUUGAAUGCAAUGAAUGAAAAGGCUGCACAGUGCAAGACUGAAGUUGCUGAGAUGUCACAGAAACUGACUCAAAGGAAAGUGGAGGUGGCCACACUGAAGGAUGAGAUGGUCAAGUUCAAGUCUCAAAUUGUGGAGUCACCUGAAGAACUAAAAAAUGAGAUGGAAAGGAUGAAGGAGAAUGUGAAGAGCAUUAGGAUGUCAAAAGAGCUGGCUGACGAGAGGUUGGUGGAACUACAGAUGUUGGUGCAGUGUGCAAGUCAGGUGGAGGCAGAAAUCCAGGUCUUGCUCAAACAGCUGCAGGACUUGCAGAGCAGCAUGUGCAAGACCAACCAGCAAAAAGAGGAGGUCCAGAGCUUAGCUUCCAUGAAUGAAACCUUGCAGAAAGAGCUGAAGAGCCUGAGCAAUGAAGAAGUCCAGCUGAAGAGGGCGCUUGCCAUGAAACUUGACAAGGAGUCUAAACAACAGAUCCGUCGACAGAAGAAAAGAGAGGUGAAAGCUCAGCAAGUCAAAAAUAUUUAUGGGCAAUAUGACCAAAUCCACCAGAAACGGGAGGAAAUUGUGAAAAUGAUAGAAGAAAGCAACCGUGAAACUAAAAAGUUCAGGGAAAAGAUGCAGAAGCUUAGAGAAAAGUGCAACCAGCAAACUCAAAAAGCCCAGGAGUUCUAUGAACAUCUUCUCACAACUUUGGAGCAGUACAACAAGCGGAUUGAGAGCAUUGUGGUGGAGACCAAUGCAGACACUUUAAAAAUGAAAUUACAUUUCUAGAAUUUCUAUUUUGUACUCUCACUGUUACUUCAAAGUCCUGCGUUUGUUCAGUGUCUGUUUUGUCAUUUCUAAAUGUAUUUUUCCCCCAAUAGAAUUAUAUUUGAAUGUUAGGUGGCAAAAAGUUACUUAUUGGUCUACCUAUACAGGGAAUAGACUUAACUCCUAACACCAGUAUUGUUCUUUUAUAAAACACAUUUAUUGGGAACGUUUGAGUCUUGCCUGUUCAAGUGAAGCGUUAAUGGAUUUGUUUUAAAAGGUUGGGAUUCAGGGUAUCAGGUGGUAAGCUACAAUUUGGAUUUAUUUUGUUGAAUGUUAAAAACUGUGUGUUGGUCUGAGAGGGCCUUUAGAAUGUGACAUCUGAUCCUGUGAUGAUCUUUAUUAUUCAGAUGGGCUCAGAUUCAAGAGAAAAUAUAGAAAUAUUUAUCAAAGCCAAUGCACAUUAGAGGUGGUGAUGCAGCUAUGAAAGGAGCAGUACAGAAAAAAAACAACCAGGACAACUGAGAUAUGCUACCAAUAACAGUAUUUCCAAAAACACCUAAUAAGUCUUAAUUUUAUCAGUGAUUGCUUUCAGGUUUCAGAUACAAAGUUUAUACAUUUCCUACAAGAAGUCUUCGGCCCUUCCCCUGGAGCCCCACUGUCCGGCAAAGUUCAGUUCCGUUUCGUUCAUGACAAUCAUAAUUGGCUUUUUAUUAGGGUUGAGGCUAAACUUUGCGGGACAGUGGGUAUCUAGGACCAGGGUUGAAGACCUCUGUCCUAUAUUGAAUGGAACACAUUUAUGUAAUGCCAGUAGGGAGUAUCCAGAUAUGAAUCUUAGACUUUAUGACUGACCGUCAGUGUUUAACAGGCUUCAUAGACCACGGGCCCGUUCUUCGUACGUCGCUUAUUACAUCUGAGAUCACUUUUUUAAGAUUCCAGAUCUUCUAAUCCUGAUAACUGAUCUCUGGCUAAUUUUAGUUCUUCAAAUGAAUUUGCAUAUUAGAUUCAAAUAUCUGGAUUAAAUUGUCUAAGAUUACUGCGCGUUCUCGUGGUCCCGAAAAGGGCAGAUGUAUCGAUCCUCAAAACUGCGAUCAGUGAUUGGCUGGCGGCAAGACAGCAAUCUAAUGACAUCAUAUCAUUAAAAAAAAAAGACACCCGAUGAAAGACUUUCUGGACUUUAAUAAGGAAACAACCAAGCGAACAAAACUACAUAAAUGUUAUAAUAGAUAAAUGAGAUGUGCACUGUUUUUAAUUAAUUCGUAUUUUUACUUUUUAUUUUUUUUACAUGAUUUCCAAUUAUUUGUACUCAUGAUUUCUAGUAUUUGUACUGGCUUUACAUUUUUAUUUCAAUGUUGCAAUUAGCAAUUCAUUUAAUUUUGUCAUUGAAACCGAUUUGUUACAUGACCGCAUUAAAGUUUCUUAGAGAUCAAGUAAUCUGCAUUUCCUGCGCUCCAUCAAGCCACUCCCAUAAUAGCGGUCACCACUCAAAUUAAUGCACGAUUCAGAUUAACUGUAUAGCAUGUGUAAUUAUUUCAUCACUAAUAAAUAUUUCAAUGAGUAAAACUGGCUGUGUCUAUAGUAUUAUAGACUACAAAACAUUGUUA